UAAACCCAACUCCCCUCCCCUCAUUUUCAUAUUAUGUCACUUCUAUUUACUUAAAUAAAUAACCACCAUCUUCUUCUUCCCUCUUCACCAUCUUUAAAAACUUAGCUACAUUUUUUUCUAGUAAAUUAGUAUCAAGAAAAUAAAAAUGAAGCAGCUAGAUACUAAAGACUUAGCUUCCUCCUUACCUGUUCUUCCAAGAUUAGAUCGCCUCGAUCUCCUGCUGCAGGUUCUAGAAGAGAAACAUGGGAUGUCACCAAAAAAUGAGAAAGGAAAAGAAGAAGAAAACUCAGAGUACUGCAGGAGUACUCUGAGUCUAUCUACUGCACUUGAAGAAGUUCAUCACAAAGGCACUCUUGUUGAUCGACUCACUGCACUCGAGAAUCGAGUUUUAAAGCUAAGCUUAGAAAUAGAAGAAGGGAACACAUCAAGGUCGAGUUCAUCAUCCAAGUCAAGAAAUCAUGACAAUGAAGACGAAAAGGCCAGUCUCAAACAGGAAGAAGCAUCAAAAGCAUGUUUAUGUAGUGAGAAAACAGAUAAAGUUGUUGGUAAUGCUAAAAUGACGAAGAAAAAAUGGCACAUUGGCAGCUGGCUUCGAUUGGGAUGUAAUUAAAAUUUGAAAAUUAUGUUGCUGAGAUCUUUUGGUGAUUGUCAAAGUAUAAUAAAGAGAGAUAUCAAUGCAGGCAGGAGCAAGAUAAUGUGAAUAUUGGAUAAUGAUUUGACUUAAACUAUUUCACAUUAAAAAGGGAUAUGCUACUAUAUAUAUUUUUUUCAACAAAAAUACAUGAAAAACAAAACAAUUGCAUCUCUUAAUUAAUAAUUAAGAAUUCUGCAAAAAUAAAGCAACUUAUUAUGUACUUGAAAUGAGAGGGAGUUGCUCAGAUGGUAAACACUCUUCACUUUCAAUUCAAAGAUUGUGAGUUCGAGUAUAUAUAUACUAUAUACAUAAUAAUUCGAA